AUUGCUUUCUUUGUAAUCUAGUGGUUGAAUAGACGUUUGUUUUGAAGAACCAGAAAAUGGUCUCCUUCAGCUUGAUGUCAGUAGGGGCCAGCCUCCUGAGCAAGCCGCUGGGUUUCCUCACAGGCGUCUCCGUUUUCAGGAUCUCCGCCGCGGUACCUGCGAUUAAAAGUUUCAGCAGCACAUCGGACGGUCCGCCGAAGAGGCCCAAGACCAGCUACCUGCAUUUCACGCAGCAGCAGUGGCCGGUCGUCUCCCGGCAGUAUCCAGAUGUGAAAAUUGUUGAUUUAAGUCGAAAGAUCGCACAGCAAUGGAGGGAGUUGACACCCGAGCAGAAAAAGCCCUUCGAGGAGGCGUCAGCUGUCGCCAGGAAGCAGUAUAAUGCUGAGAUGGAGAGGUACAAGGCCCAGCUCAGUCCAUCUCAGGCCGCUGCGCUAAAGGAAGCCUGGAGAGUGAAAAUGGCAAAGAGGAAAGCUGUCCGCAAGAGGAAGGAGUUAAAAAGCCUGGGUAAGCCCAAAAGGCCCAAGACCGGCCUCUUCAUCUUCAUAGCGGCAAAAUACGCAGAAACCAAGGGAGCCACAAUGCUGACUAAGACAAAGACAUUAAUGGAGGAAUGGAAGAAGCUGAAUACCACACAGAAAGAGGUAUACUUGCAGCAAGCUGAGGAUGAGAAAAUUCGCUACAAAAACGAAAUGAAGGCGUGGGAGGAGCACAUGCGAGAGAUCGGAAGGGAGGACCUGAUCCGGGGGUCCGUCAGCCGCGCGAAGAAGACGGCGUCCGCCAAGAGGCCGAAGAAGAAAUCCAGAGUGAAAACUGUCAGGACUACGGGGACUGUAAGAACAGCAGGUGCUAAGACUGCAGCCACCUCCAUCGCCAGCAAGACGGCGAGGAAAGGUAAAGCUGAAGAGUGACGUCACAGGGGGACAUUUUCGGUCCAGAAAGAAAGGUUCCACCCUGAAUAAAACCACUCUGCAACGAUGUGCUCCUGAGUGUUAGCAUGCCUGGCUACAUGGCAUCUUCACUUUAUCUCAACCCAUUUGAACCAGUGUCAUAACGGAUCAGUACACCUGAUGCAGAUUUGUAAAUAAUGGCAAAUGAAGACUUUUUUUUUUCUUGUACUUCCAGUUGUCAAAAAUGCUACAACACAGUAUUGUGUAAAAUGCGUUCUCUAUUGACAUAACCAGUAUAAAAAAAAAAAAAAAAAACUAAUUUAGUAGGUAAAUACAUUUAGUAUGUGUUUGCGGUUAAAACGUCACAUUUUUCACGUCUUUCAACGAUUUAAUAAAUAACUAUUUUCUACUGAAUGCUUUUCACACAAAUAUUCCCAAACACAAUACAUUUUUUGCUACUUUUUGUAAAUGGCUAGUUGUGUAGGUAUCUAGUACAGGUAACCUGCUGACUUCUACAAACUGUGACACCGCUGCAUGCCUAUCCGUUCCCUGGGCAUGCGGCAGAGGAGCGCGCGACGUCCUGCAAAAGCAGCUCAAAGUCCGGAGAGCACACCAACUUGUGCUUCACGUUUCCCAGGACACUCAUUUCCCCGGUGAGGCCUUCGGAUAAGCGGACAGACACAAGUUGCUGCAAAAAUGCCAGAAAGAUGUCAGAUUCUAAGCUUUACUAUAAUAAAACUUUAUUGUGCA